GGGGGCGCUGUGCCAGGCGGCGGCCGUGCGGGGCGGGCGCGCUGCUCCUUCCGCCUCGCGGGCCCCGGAAGCGCGCGUGGCCGCCAUGGCGCGGAAUGUGGUGUACCCCCUGUACCAGUUGGGUGGCCCACAACUUCGGGUGUUCCGAACCAACUUCUUCAUUCAGCUGGUGCGGCCCGGUGUGACCCAGCCCGAGGACACUGUGCAGUUCCGGAUCCCCAUGGAAAUGACAAGGGUGGACCUCAGGAAUUACCUCGAGAGCAUCUAUAAUGUGCCUGUGGCUGCCGUGCGGACACGGGUGCAGCAUGGCUCUAACAAGAAAAGAGAUCACAGAAACGUGAGGAUCAAGAAGCCGGACUACAAGGUCGCCUACGUGCAGCUGGCCCAUGGACAGACCUUCACGUUCCCAGAUCUGUUUCCUGAGAAAGACGAGAGCCCUGAAGGCAGCGCUGCCGACGACCUCUACAGCAUGCUCGAGGAGGAGAGGCAGCAGAGGCAGAGCAGCGACCCACGGCGGGGCGGCAUCCCUAGCUGGUUCGGGCUGUGACGGGGCGGCCAGCAGGGGCACGCCCCAGGUGGGCAACUGUGGCAGAGCAGGCCUGACACCUAAAUAAAAGUCUGCUGCAGGAGAAAGAGC